UGCUGUCAACUGCCCGAAGACUGCAGGAAUACUGCAGGAAAUUGGCAGAACAAAAAUAAAAUUGGCUGGCGGCGCAUAAAAAUGGGGCUAAUAAAUUGAGUUAGCGUUUUAAAAUUGCGGCGAUAAUCAACGGUUUUUGGACGGGAAACGCGUGUGAUUUAAGAUACAAGUAGGUUAAUUUAGAGAAGAGUCCAAAUUUGUAGACUAUGGCACUCCGUAACGUUAAUGAUAACGAAGACGUUGGGAGCCGUCGUCUAGUUUUGUGGACUCGGGCGCUAAUUUUCCGACUGAUUGAUGCGUUGCGCGAAGAACCGAUGUUGUGGAAUCAGCAGCAUCCAAACUUUAAGCUUCGCUCAAAAAAGAAAGUAGCCCUGAUGAAGAUUGCUCGGGAUUUGCAGCUACCUGUUCCCGCCGUGCGCCAGAAAAUAGACGUGCUAAAAGGGACAUUUCAUAAAUACAGGAGAGCUCUUCAAGCGCGUGGUGGAGAUCUACCUGAAAAAACCUGGUUCGCUUACGAGAGGCUCAUGUUUUUAGCACCUGACGAUCAAUCUUCUAUCGCAUCCAACGUUGUAAGCGUCAAGAUGGAUGAAGAGGAAGAGACAACGUACAGCAUAGCAUACAACAUACAGGAAAAUCGGAGAGAAACAAUACCGCCCCGAGCUUACGAUUCUCCACCAUCACCUACCAAACCAUCACGGCUAAGGAGUCGGUUGGAAUGUUCGCAAACCGCCAAAGAAAAACUGGUGCAGGUCAUCGACGAAGGUACGAACAGGAAGGAAGAGCACACGUGGCCCAACGUAUUGGCUGCAACCGUCGGUUUGAUGGUACGCCAAGCGGGUCCGCGGUCCGAACCGGAAAUGUGGCGGCUACAAGACUCUCUGAUUCAAUUGAUGCGCCGAUUUCACAAGGGCGAGUUUGCAGAGGAUCGGCUACAUGAAUCGACAGAGGAGAUAAUGUAAUAAAACCCAAAUUACAU